AUGGAAAUUAUUGAGUGGUAUGAGGCGCGAAAAAGAGUCGGCGGCGACUUUCAAAUAUUUCUCAAAAUUAUUGUUUGGCACGAUGGGGAAAUCUACGUCGGGAAGUGGAGAGACCGGCAGCAGCCACCUGCCGCUUUCGAGCAACUCGAAGACGUCAAAAUAAUACCGACCAAAGAUAGGGGCCCGAUUGUUCGGUCGGGUUGGAAAGCUGCCUUGCCAAUCAGUGAUGGCUGGGUGAAAGAGCCAAAGUGGGAGGAUUAUCUGAGCCCUGAGCUGGAAGUGCACAUGGAGCACGAAAUCGAAAUGUGCGAGCUGGUGCGACAAUCUCCCCAUAUCAACCUCGCUACAUACCGCGGCUGUCUGUUAGGGCAUGGCCGAGUUAAAGGGCUGCUUUUCGACAAGUAUCAACACACUCUUCUUGAAAAAGUUAACCCUCAAAGGUUGUCUAAGGCGCAUUUUGUGCAGGGCGAUCGCAGCUUAGUGGACAGGACUAUGCGGGGUCGGAUGCCGCAAUUGAGAUCGGCCGUCAGCCACUUACACAAGCUCGGCUAUGUGCACAACGACAUCACCCCGGCGAAUAUUAUGCUCGAUAAAAAUGAGAAGCCGGUGCUUAUCGAUUUUGAGGGGCUGCGUCGGGCGGGCGAGUCGCUGCAGAAGGUGAAGCGGACUAUAGGGUGGCACGACGAGACGGUCAUGUUGGCGCAGGAGAGCAACGACUGGGAUGCGCUCGACGAGAUUGAAGUCUGGUUGUUUGGAGAGGCUGGCGAUUUAAAAUUCGUCGGGUAG